AAAUUACAUGACAGUAGAGGUGUGUUGUUUUGCGUCUUGUUAGUAAUCUUUAAAAUUACAUUUAAGACCACAAUUGGUUGAACAUUUUGAGAACAUUUCAAGGGAUAAAUUCGGCACAAUGGACGUGAUAACUGCCAUCAAACUUUACGUAAACAAAAUGACAAACGAAUCAGGUCCGGGCAUGAAAAUUAUGCUCAUGGACAAGGAAACAACCAGCAUAAUAUCAAUGGCCUUCAGCCAAUCGGACAUGAUGCAAAAGGAAGUGUAUCUGUUCGAGCGAUUAGACACAGCCCAUUCCAAUGAACGAUUGAAGCAUCUGAAGGCAAUUGUGUUCAUUCGACCGACCAAAAACAACAUCGCUCAUCUCUGCAACGAACUGCGAAGUCCACGGUACGGUUCUUAUUACAUUUACUUCAGCAACAUAUUGCCACGUACGGAUGUUAAACUGCUAGCCGAAAGCGAUCAAACCGAAUCGGUGCGCGAAUUAAAGGAAAUCUACGCCGACUAUCUCUGCGUCAAUCCGAACCUAUUUUCGCUGAACAUUCCGAAUUGUUUGCAUGGUAUGAAAUGGGACCAGGACUGUUUAUCGCGCAGUGUGCAAGGCGUUACUGCGUUACUGUUAUCGCUGAAACUGAAACCAGCUAUUCGCUAUCGGAAUGGUAGCGAACCUGCCAUACAAUUAGCCAAACAAAUCCACGAGAAAAUAUCCAAAGAAUCGUCGCUGUUCGAUUUUCGUACGCAGGACAAUGGUGCUCCACCGCCGUUAUUAUUGAUUUUGGAUCGGAAAGAUGAUCCGGUCACUCCAUUGUUGAAUCAGUGGACGUAUCAGGCAAUGGUCCACGAACUGUUGACGAUCAACAAUAAUCGCGUCGAUUUGUCGAAAGUGGAAGGUGCACCGAAAGACUUGAAGGAAGUGGUUCUGUCGUUGGAACAGGACGAAUUUUAUUCAAAUAAUAUUUACUCCAAUUUCGGUGAAAUUGGGCAGACAAUCAAGAGUUUGAUGGAUGAGUUCCAGAUUCGAGCCAAAAGUCAGAAGAAGGUGGAAAGUAUCGCAGACAUGAGGAACUUCGUUGAAACGUAUCCACAGUUCAAAAAAAUGUCCGGAACAAUAACCAAACAUGUGGUGGUCAUCGGUGAGCUAUCCGUUCAAGUGGGCAAAAAACAAUUGCUGGAAGUAUCCGAAUUGGAACAGGAAAUUGCCUGCCGGGCCGAUCAUUCAGCUCAACUUCAAAGAGUUAAGAAAUUGGUGGCCGAUGAAAAUAUUGCCAUUCACGACGCCCUUCGCCUGAUUCUGUUGUAUUCGCUGCGCUAUGAACGGCAUGCCAAUUGUGAUUCGGUUGGUCUGUUGAAUUUGUUGAAGAAACGUGGUGGUCCGGUUCACGUUGUACCGAGAAUGCUUGAAUAUGCCGGGCAACAUUCACGCCAAGGCGAUUUGUUCAACAACGUUAAAAUCAUGGAUGCUGUGAAAUUGACUAGAAGUUUGAUCAAGGGAUUAAAAGGAGUCGAAAACGUCUUCACACAGCACACAUGCUGGUUGAAAGAGAUACUGGACGAUGUAUUCAAAGGACGCACCAUUGAUCCCCUUUAUCCGUGCUUUGGUUCCGAGCCAUUUAGACGUCCACCACAAGAGGUCAUAGUAUUCAUAAUUGGCGGAGCUACGUACGAAGAGGCUCUGUCCGUUCAUUCACUGAAUGUAGCCGGAUAUAAUUGCAUUUUGGGUGGCACAACGAUCCACAAUUCCGAUUCGUUUAUCCGGGAAGUGCUGGCAGCCACAGAAGGUGUUCCAAUAAAACAUUCGCGAUCGCUGAUGAAAUUCCACAAUCCGGAAGGAAUCUAAACGGGACUGUGAGGAUGCGACGGAGGCAAAUUUAAUUUAUUUUUUAUUGUGAUAAUUUUGUGCAAAAAUUCAGUUUUUUUAUUGAAGUCAAUGUUCUCUUCUUCUACUGUACACCGCAACCGGUAUCAUACCAACUAUUAUGAAAUAUACAAACAAAAGUUUA